AAACCCUAUCUUCACUUUCUCUGGACGUUACAGGCGACUAUUAGCUGUCAAAGUGUUCGCCAAGUUCUUGCUUUUGUUUUCUUCCCUCAAAAUCUUAGGGUUUAAGUGAGGUUUAUAUUAUUAUUACUAUCAUCAGUGUCCAUUGGAAUUGAAAAAUCAGUGGCAAUGGGGCGCAAUUUAUCCCAAUCUCCACACAGGGAUCGACAUAGAAGCUCUCAUAGAGAUAGAGAUAGAGAUAGAGAUAGAGAUGCUUCCCCAGUGAAAGAGAAACAACAACAACAACAGCAACGCUCUAGCCGCAGUAAUAAUAAUAAUAAAUCUCCCAAGAAGCGGGAGAUGUCUCCUCCUCAAUCUCCUCCAGCAAGACACAGGAGCUCGCAAAGGGACCGCUCCCCAGUUGAAAAAGAGAGAAGUUCAAAUCGCGGGAGGUCUCCUUCGCCAAGAACGAAAAGAUUAAGGAGAUCCCAAGAUGAGAAAGAGGGUGCAAAAAUGAGAGAUAGAGAGGUUGACAGGAAUCACGACAAAAAGGGAAGCGAGAAGGGUGGCACACGAAGGGAAAGAGAGGGUGAGGGAGAAGAUUAUGAAAGGAGUCUUGGAAAGGGAGGCGAUAGGGGUUUGCAAAGGGAGGGAGAAGCUGAGAGGAAUCGUAGAGAAAGAGGAGAGAGGGAAAUAGGGAAGGACAGAAGGUCAGGGAGGGAUGAGAUUGAAGGAAAGUCUUCUUCUAGAGGAAGACAUAGGGGGCGGUCUACUUCACCAUUGGAAUCAGGCCGUCGCAACAGGAGCAAGCAUGGGUCUCGAUCGCCGCUGCCUCAAACAGAGAGAGACCGCAAUGAGGAGACAAACUCAAGGGGAGGUGAACAAAGGAAUAGCGAUGAUGACAAUUAUGAUGAUUCUGUGGCUAAGAUGAAGGCUGCUGAGGAGGCUUUGGAAGUCAAGAAGAAGCAAGAACCUUCUUUUGAGCUAUCUGGAAAGCUUGCUGCCGAAACCAAUAGAGUUAGAGGUGUUACAUUGCUGUUCACCGAGCCCCCAGAUGCUAAGAAACCCAAUAUAAGAUGGCGACUUUAUGUUUUUAAGGGCGGUGAGGCUCUGAAUGAACCCCUUUAUAUACAUCGUCAGAGCUGUUACCUUUUUGGGAGAGAAAGGAGGGUGGCAGAUAUUCCUACAGACCAUCCAUCAUGCAGCAAGCAACAUGCUGUUAUUCAAUUCCGGCAAGUAGAAAAGGAGCAGCCUGAUGGCAUGUUAAAAAAGCAAGUAAGGCCUUACGUAAUGGACCUUGGAAGUACAAAUAAAACUUUCAUUAAUGAUAAUCCCAUUGAACCUCAGCGUUAUUAUGAACUAUUUGAAAAGGACACAAUAAAAUUUGGUAAUAGUAGCCGAGAAUAUGUACUGCUGCACGAGAACUCAUCUGAAUGAUGUUCAUUAUGUGGCUUCUCCAGUAUGAUUUUCUGACAUCAGCAUUCUGGAGAAUCAAGAACAUUUUGUUUAUCCAUCAAAUCCAUAUUCUGAUAUGUAUGAGACCUUGUAGUAGUGCUUAUUUUGCUUCAUCUGGGGAUCGGAGUGGUCUUGUGUCAAAUGUGAGAACUCAGUUGGUUCGCUCUUGCCUAGGCUCAGGAGGUCUUAUUAUGGUAGUUUUUUUGCCGAUUGAGGUUUGUGGCCAUUCCAGUCAUGUGUACUGCAUAACUGGCCGUUGUAUUUGAUCCUUUCUUGACUAAUCACAUUGAUGGUAUGGUUAUUUGUUAUCUUGGUUUA